AUGGCGUUCCUGCGCCCACGCUCCCUCAGCUUGCUGCUGUGCUCUGCGCUCUGCGCCUCCGUGCCGUGUUUCGGCGCCGCGCACUCCACGGCGCGCGCCCUGCCGAGCCUUCCAGCCGUGGACCACAACCCAGACACGCACAGGAGCCUCCUGGCGACGAAUGCGGGCGGGCAGGACGGGGACACAGACAGCCGCUCAGCAGAUGGAAGCUGCGUGGUCGAGCUGGGCCUGAGGAACGUCACGAAGAACACGCGCGGCCCCGUCGGCGCGGGCGAGAGCAUCGACGUGCACGCAUACGUCGACCCCGACGCCGCCGCCGGCCGCCGGCACGCGUUCGUCGCCCUGACGUGGCGCGUGGACUUCGGCGGCGAGCAGAGCGUCCUCAUGCAGCCCACCGACUCCAACACGUACAAAGCAACCAUCCCCCCGUCUCUGCCGGGGUCGAUGGUGCGGUGGUAUGUGCGCGCGACGGAGCGGGACGGGAGCUGCGUGCAGCGCAAACCCAAGUACCGGACGCGGGAGUCGCCGCGGUACUACGGCACCGCGGUGUGGGAGCCGGACGUGGAGUCGCUCGGCGUGGGCGUGCUGCGCAUCUUCGCGCAGGACGAGUCGAAGCUCACCGCGCUGCAGGAGACGGACGGGACGCGCUGCUCGCUGCUCUACCUGGGCCGGUUCUACGACAACGUGUUCUGCCGGCGCCGCGGCGUCACCGCGCUCGCCUGGGCCAAGCCGAAGAUCAAGCUCGACUUCAAGGGCGAGGAGUUCGGGAUGUGGGACGGCGCCGUGGAGGUCGAGGAAGUCAAUCUACAGAGCUUCUGGGAGGAGCCCGGGGAGGAGACGUACAUGCGCGAGAUCGUCGCGCUGCAGCUGAUGCGCGACAGCGGCGUCCCGGCCUCGCAGUCGCAGUACGUCGUCGUGCACAUGAACGCCGCGUUCUUCGGCCUCUUCAACAUGAUCGAACAGGUCGACGACACCUUCCUGCGCCGCCGCGGCCUCGCGCCAGGCGACGCCGGCGGCAUGCUCUUCAAGUCGGUGUCCGGGCAGAUGUCGAACCUGCGGUGGGACGUCAAGGUGGACGACAUGCGGUGGUCGUACCGCAAGGGCAACCGCCGGGACAGCGCGGGUGAUUUUGCGGCGCUCAAGGACCUGACGCUCGGGCUCGCGGGGCGCGGGCCCGGCACGCGCUCGCAGUACGUCUUCGACCACGUCGACCUCUUCGCCACCGUCAGUGAGAUGGCCGUCCAGUCCAUGCUCCUCAACCAAGAUCGGUGCACCAAGAACUUUUAUUCGUACUACAACGCGUGGACGAGGAGGUGGAUGCGCAUUCCGUGGGACCUCGAGAGCUCGCUGGGCAUCUCGUCGGGCCUCGGGGGGGCGCCCGCGCCCGACUACUGCGUUCUCGCGUGCGACCAGUGGAACUCCCCGCUCUACUGCGACUCAGACCACCCGCAGGACAUCUUCCUCGAGCGAGCCGCGCGGGCCGACGGCAUCAGUCCUGUCUUGCCGUCGUGGGGCUCUAGCGUGUUCGGACGCCGCCGCCUGCAGCAAACGUGGGGCGACGUCCUCGCGUCCAUCACGACGUGGGGGCGGUACCGCGUGCCCGGCGAGGACGAGUCCAGGGCCGUCGCAGCGCCCUCCGCGCCCCCGCCGGCCGUCGACAGCACAACGUCGAACGGCGCCGCGCCGUACGGGACCGCGCACAUCCCGGACGUGAACGCGCCGCGGGACUUCGACGCGCCGCGACAGGGCUCGAGCCCCGUGGGCCCUGCCGGGACGUACAACCACCUGUACGACGCCAUCCUUGAUAUUCCGUGGACGCGCGAGAUGUACCUGCGGCGGCUGCGGACGCUCAUGGACCGCUGGCUCGGCGGGCGGCUGCAGGGCGUCCUCACGGGGAUCUACGCGCACGUGCGGUACGCGGCCAAGGCCGACGAGCAGCGCUGGCGGGACGCGCGCAGCGGGCGGUUCGACGCCAACGCGGGCGACAUCGACCGCGGGUACCGCCAGCUGCUCGACGAGCAGAUCCCGCGGCGCCGGCAGCAGCUGUACGAGCGGUACGGCCCCGGCGGGGCCGUCCCGCUCAUUCCCGACGCACAACCCCGGGGGGCGCGCCUGGCGCUGGGCGAGAUCGUGGCCGACUCAGGGGGGGUGUCUUACGUGGAGCUGCGCAACGAGAACGCGUUCGCGAUGGACGUCAGCGGCUGGCGGCUCGGGGGCGCCGCGGCGUACGUGCUUCCGGAGGGCACGGUCGUGCCGUCACGCUUCUCCCUGUUCGUGGCGUCAGACCCGGUCAGGUUCGUGGAGGCGCGGCGGCUGCAGCGGCGGCUGGUGCAGGGCCCGAUGCCGCGGCUCGCGGCGGGGAAGGGGCUGUCGCUGGCCGACGCAGACGGGGGGGUGAUUGACGUGGCGACGGCGCGGUGA